CUAAGGGUAUGGCCUUCCUUGCCUAUUCUUCUCCACACCCGCUAAGCCAUGGGGGCAACCGGACCGGAUGAAGGGUCAUGAAGACAGGAGGAUGGAACAGAGGGGGAUACGGAUGACAAGGAGGACUCGAACAGGGGCCAUUUACACCGUGACAACCUACCGAAGCGAGACAUGGGGGUUUACCAACUGCUGCGGCACCGGAAGGAAGCAAUUGUGGGUUCUAGUCACGGUCGUUGCUUUGUUUGUUGGCUUAAGUAUAUCAGGCCAUGUCUGGAGAAGUUCGAGGCCGCUGCAACAUAUGCUGUCGUCGUUCACAGGCUUGAAAACCUACCAAGACUCCGGUAGCACGAAAUCAUCAGCUGUGGAUACGAUGGCGGUUGGGGUUAGAAGUAGUAGUAGUAGUAGUAGUAGUACGAAGCACGAGGACCCUUGGGGGUCGAAUCGGGAAGGUUCGGGGCUGUCACCUAGCGACGACCAAGCACAACUGCAGAGCGAUGACACCAACCUACAGCCAAUCAAGAUCGGAGGUUCGGUUCCCGAACAGAUGAUGAUGACGACGACUGCUUCCGCAGGUCGUUCCGCGGGCGGGAUGGCGAGAGAAACGCUAGAAAACCUAGACCACGGUGACAAGGUUGCAGGUCUGGACCUCCUUCCGAUGUCACUUCUGGGGGGAGGAGGCGAAGACGGGAUUGGGAUUGGGAGCUUGAUGAACGAGUUCAUCAAUUUCCACAAAAGGAUCUGGGAGCGAGAUCCGGAUCCCGACGCACAUCCUCGUCCGAUUCGAACAGAGGAAGAGUCCGGAGAGGCAGUCGAUCAUGAGUCGCAAGCAACCGGCGGAGGAGAGAGUCUUACUACUCAACCCGAGACAGAAUCCAGAGACUCAGGGCCCGAGGACUCAGGGGGAGAUAAGUUAGACCCUACUCUUACGUCUACCGGAAGAGGUACCGAACAACCUAUGGGAUCACCCACUACUGCUGGUUCCACUCCUGCUGCUGACGCUGUAAGCGCUACUGCUGCCGCUAACUCUGAAGGCACCGCUGCUGAUGUUAGCGGUGUAUUCGAGGCUGCAGAUCCGGGUGCCGAUCCCAAUUCCGAUUCGGGUGCCGACCGUGGUCUCGAUCCCGGCGAUCGUGUAGCUGAUGAGACAGAGAAUGGUGCACAGUUGGAGGAUGACGUACUAAAGAGAAUGAAGCCGACUGCAGCAACAGCCGUGAAUGGAGAAGCGAAUAUGGGUAGUGCUGUGGUGAUGGGUGACAUGGACGGAACUGGUGGUAGCACUGCUCAUUUGGAAGAGAUAUCGGAGUUGAGAGAAGGGAGAAAUGAAGUAGACUUGGGUGAACAGGGGGGGUCGCGGGGAGGGGAAAAAAGAGGUACAGUUGAAUCGGAGGGGGAGAGGGGCACUCGAGCAGCAGCAGAAGUUGGAGAGGAUGCCAGGAAUGUCAUGGCAUGGGAGCGCGUACGCCAUGGCGCAGAGGGCUUUCAGUUCGACAAGGACAUUGUGUCCGCGUUUCUUGAGAGCGUUAGGAAGCACCGAGAGGGGGAAGAGGAAGAACCAGGAAGUGCCAGUGUGACGAAAACGACGACGGCGGAGGAGGAAGCCCCACCGGGAUUUCCAUUGGACCCUGUGUGGUUGGACGGAAGAGUGGUGGCCCGAGAUUCCGGCCAGGGGGGAGGUACCAGUUCAACUGAAGGAGGACAAGGAACAGCAACUAGCCAAUCAGAUGAGGGUGGUGAGGAGGUCUCUCGCGUUAUGUUGGAAGUAGGACCUCUCGAGGGCCGUCAAAGAGAGGACGGGCUGCAAGGUCAGCUGCAAAUGAGCGCAAUGGGUUCGGAUCUGAACUCACCAUUGGUGAGAUCCGAGGACCCGUCACAGCAGCUGCCUGCCACAGACCAAGGAGGACAAGUUGCGGUGGAAGAAGGUGGGGAGGAGGGGUGGGAGGAGAAGGUAAAUGGGGAGCAACAGGUAGAAGGGGGGAAGCAGAACGAGCAGACAAACGAGGAGGAAGGGAAAGAUAAGGAGAUGGAGAAGAAAGAAGAAGGUGUGGUUCAUGUUGCCAAUCCCCAAGGUCCUGUUUCAUGUCUCCGAAAGAGCGAUUGCAGCCCUGGUAGAUAUUGCAUCCACUCGCAGUGUGUUUGCCCUGUGUUGUUCUCUGGAAAUGACCAGUGUACGGAACCUUCUCACAGUAUAAAGCCUGGGUGUGUGGUGCCAAUGAAUGGAGAGAGGAUGAGACAGUGCCUGGUUGACCAUAGACUGAGACCGGGGGAUUCGUACCUGGCGAGGCGAGGAGGUAGAGAGCUUGUGGAGAAUGCCGACUUUGAGACGUGUGCUGUCGUUGGAAGCGCGGCAAGUAUCAUCAAUAGCCAAGGACGGGGAAGAGCAUAUGGACGGGAAAUUGAUUCACACACUGCAGUCAUACGCUUCAAUGAUGCACCGACCAAGGGAUACGAGAAGUGGGUCGGGUCGAAGACAACGCUACGAGUGCAGAACUUUGGGCAGUGUGGGUUCGUCGAGCAUCCAGGCGAGUUGUGUAUGCGCUACACUGCAGCGUUUGGGGCCAGCUAUAAUGACCGUACGUUGUAUUCGGGGGAAGACCGUAGCAACGCUGCCACGAGCCAGAACUCCCUUAUCUAGAUGGCACUUGGGAGCAGCGACCCCGCUCCGCCGUUCGCUCGUUGGACUUGACACAUCCUUCUACACUCGGCAGAGGGUCCAGUUAACAAAGCCUUUAAAUUAAA